UUUCGUCGCCCUGCCAAGCAACUACGAUUUCGAUACACGCUUAGAAAACUAUUCAAAUUUAACAGGAGGCACAAGACAACGUUUUAAAGUGAUAAACGAAACAAUAACAUGGCGCAGUUAAUUAACGUCAAGUUAUCACGAUUCGACGCCCAACCAUGGGGUUUUCGACUCCAAGGUGGCAAGGAUUUUGGGGCACCUCUUCUAAUCCAAAAGAUCUACAUAGGAGGCUCACAUCAUCGCUGGACCCGCCGCGUGUGCGCACUAGUUACUAAAUCUGCCAAUGAGAAGGCGCUCGGCUUUGUUAGUCGCUUGUCCAAGCAGAUACUUGUUCAUGCAUUAGAGAGUGACAUUGGUGCAGGUUACUUAGCGGGUGGUAGCACAUGGAAACCUGCUGUUGCACCUAUUGGAGCUGUACCCUCCAUUAACAGCGCGGCACCCGCUGGAAAUAUCGCCCCCGUCACCAAGACGUCUCUCGCGGCUCGGCCUCAAGCGGCUGCCCCCAUCGCUUCCGGUCACAAUGUAGCUGCCAAACCCUUCGGUGGUGCCCAGGUGAAUGGCUCUCUUGGAGAUGGAACAGUAAAAUCCAUUGUUAACAAGCAAUACAACACUCCAGUUGGAAUGUACAGUGAAGAAACAAUUGCAGAAACUCUGUCAGCUCAAGCUGAAGUAUUAGCAGGCGGAGUGUUAGGAGUCAAUUUUAAGAAGAAUGAGAAGAGUUACAAUCCUGAUACUGCACCUGUACCAGGCUCUGUGACAUCUCCUCCAGUGUCUGGUUUGCGUCAUGUUUCUGCCCCUGAGACAAAGUCCACUCCCACUACCCCCCAUGAAGACCCUUUCAAGAUUCUACCUCCAGGACAGAAUAUCUGUGCAGACUCACCGCCACCUAGCUCCACCUUCUUCUCGGCAUCAAGCCAUGCCAUCGGUGGAACCCCACGUCCUAUUACACCCUUGAUGCAGCGCUUCCCAGCAGGCUCUGCACCAUCUCCAGGGGCGGCCCCAAGAUCUGAAACCCCAAAAUGUACUGAUUGUGAGAAACCCAUCGUGGGUGUAUUUGUACGUAUAAAGGACAAAAAUCUGCAUGUGGAGUGCUUCAAGUGUGCAACCUGUGGGUCAUCCUUGAAGAAUGUGGGCUAUUACAACAUCAAUAACAAGUUGUAUUGUGACAUUCAUGCCAAGAUGGUCGCUAGACAGCACCCUCCAGCUCCAAAUCUGGAGCCUAUUACAAUCCCUCCAGGCGGCAAAGCACCUGCAGGAGCUAUCUCUGCAGCUCUUGCUGGAGCUCCUGGACUGCGCCAGGGCCCAGCUGCUGCCCCAGCCCCUAGGCCAGUACCAGCUCCUGCACCAGCUCCUGCUCCAGCUCCAAUGGCUCCUGGAUCCCCUCAGACCUUGGGACCAGUGCCUUUCCACCCUACAGAACAUCAUCACAAAAACGGUGAAAAUGGUUUUGUGUUCGAAAAUAAUCUGAAAAAUAUUAUAACAGCUAUGCCUGCUAUGUGCAUUGAUGAGAAAAAAUUGAAACCAAAUCUUGCAACAUCAGAUGUAACCAAAGAAUUUCAGGGGCAGACUCCAUCUGGUAUUGCACCUCCCAAGCCAUUCAGCGCUCCUACUGCGCCAACAACUAGUCCUGCUCGUCCAGCUCCAGGGGUCCUUUCAUUACUGCCUUGGGCAAGAUUUGGUGCCCUGAGCACUUUGUUUGUGUGAAUGGCCAAUGCCGUCGUCCUCUCCAAGACAUUGGUUUUGUUGAAGAGAAAGGUGAAUUAUACUGUGAAUACUGCUUUGAACAGUUUAUUGCACCGCCAUGUGAUAAGUGUUCUAAGAAAAUUAAGGGGGACUGCGUGAAUGCAAUUGGCAAGCAUUUCCACCCAGAAUGCUUCUUGUGCGCAUACUGUGGAAAAUUGUUUGGAAACAGCCCAUUCUUCUUAGAAGAUGGAUUGCCAUACUGUGAAGCUGAUUGGAAUGAACUAUUUACCACCAAGUGCUUUGCUUGUGGCUUCCCAAUUGAGGCUGGAGAUCGAUGGGUAGAAGCUCUCAACAAUAAUUACCAUAGCCAGUGCUUCAACUGCACUAAUUGCAAGAAGAACUUGGAAGGACAGAGCUUCUACGCCAAGGGUGGCCGACCUUUCUGCAAAGCUCAUGCUCGUUAGAAAAGGUCUGAAAACCUGAUGAGCAAGAAAAUAAUAUAGAAAUGUAUAAAAACAAUUAUGCCACAUUCAUAUUUUGAAUUAAACAAAAGCUUUCUAUAGCAGUUUCAAAAAAACAAAACAAAACAAAAAAAUUAUUCCAAAGUACAUCCAAAGAAUCUUUUGUGUAAGAUUGGCAUCUUGCCUCUGGUGGCAAGUAUGUUACAAGUAUCCCACAGCUUUCAGAAACUACCUUAAAGAGAAUGUGUGCAAUAUUAUAAUUAAUGCAUAAAUAGUAGUGUAUAUAACUAAUUAACCCGAGUGGCAAAAUAUUAAAUUGAGUUUUCAGUCAUUAUUCAUUGCUAUUUAAAAAUAAUUCUACUUUCAACAAUAAAUGUGAACAGUUUAAGAUAUAAUAUAAGCAAUAUUAUAUAUUUUAAAAAGUCACAAAAAUAUAAGAAUUAUGAUGCUAUAUUUCUUUAAUAGUAUAUAAUAUUUGUCUUCUAGUCUGUAUUUGCUUGAGAGUAAAAAUAAAAUAUUUGGCUUGUAACUGUAAAUAUAUUGUUAAUUGUAUAUAUAAUUACUUAAAAUGGUCAUACUAUAAUUGUGAUUUUACAUCAAAACUAUACAUGCAUUGCACUGCCUUUUGUACAAAAGAAAUUUAAAAAAUUAACAUUAGAAAUUAGGGCAAAGAAAGAAUGAAUCUUGAAAUUGGUAAAUCCUUUAUUCUGAAUAUCAUAUUAAACAUUUGCAAUUUUUUCUUAAGUAUGGUGUCAUCUCUGUGAAAAGAAAUUUUUAAUGAAAUGAAUUAAUAUAUAUUUUAAAUUUCAUAGAUGUAUUACAGUUUUGUUUGUAGCAGAAACAUACUUCUCAGUUUUAGCUAUACCAAAUAAAUAUGUUUUUGUGAUACCAAAAUCAUUGUUCCUGUGUACAGUUUGUACUGUAUUUUUUCCUUUCAGUCUUCAUCCUCCUGCAUAAUUUAUGUUUUCUAUUGGAGUUAACUUUUAUGCUAGAAUAGUCAAGUAUAUUUAUAGAAAGUGAAUUCUAAGUUGCCAAAUUGAUUUACUUAUACAUUUAUGAGGUAAACAAAGAAAAUAACAAUAAAAAUUGUAGAAUUGUAUUAAAUGGAUUCAAUUUAUUGAAAAAUCAAAUAGGCAAUUUUCAGAAAAACUAAUAUUGAAACAUGAGGAUACAGUUUGAGACAAUGAUAUUACUGGUAAUAUCAUGUGAAAUUCUGUAACCAUAUUCUCCAUAUUCAGUAUAAUUUUCAAUUAUGUGUAUUCCUAAUGGUACAAGAUUUCAUGCAUUUUGUUCUUGCAAACUGUAAUUUCCUUUCCUCUGCCAUACAAAAUAUUUUAGAGGUUUUAAUUAAUGUAUCUAUUAAAGACUUGCUGUGAAAUAGUAGAAAAGGAGUGUUCAUUAACAAUAUUUUUCUUGUAUAUAAAGCUCAGAGAAUGGAGAUUUGUAAAUAUAUGCAGUAUAUGCUUUCAAUAGAAACGUGUACUACUUGAUGUUAUCUGUUAUUUGGAAGUAGAAUUUCUAAAUUUCUCAAGAGAAACUGUGGAUACUGAAUGUCUUGUAAAAGUACUUUGAAAAAGUAUUUUAUCUGUAAUAACAAAAUUUUAAUAAAAACAUGUAAAAUUACAAUUUGUGGAUUCUGAAAUACAAUGUACUGAGUACUCAUAAACACCAAAUAAAUAAUUAUUUACAUUUAAUAAGUUAUUUAGAAUAACAGAUUUUUUAAACAGUUUGCUCACAUCAGGGUUGUCAGAGAUAUCAUUCCUCGUAGUAUUGUU